AUGGAUGAGCGGCUGCUCCGCGCCCUGGGGGAGCUCAGCCUCCAGCCCCUCCAGCCCCCGCGGGGCCGCUUCGGCGGGAGGCUGGUGCUGCUGCGGGGGCUGCCGGGCGCCGGGAAGAGCACCCUGGCCAGACAACUGAAACGUGACUAUCCCGGUGCUGUAGUUCUCAGUACUGAUGACUUCUUUAUCGAAAACGGUGUAUACAUGUUUGAGCCUGACUUCCUAGAGGAUGCACACAAAUGGAACCAAAAGAGAGCACGCAAGGCAAUGAAGAAUGGGAAAAGCCCAGUUAUUAUUGAUAAUACCAACAUCCAUGCUUGGGAAAUGAAGCCGUAUGUGAUGAUGGCACGGGAAAAUAGAUAUGAAGUUAUAUUCCAAGAACCAGACACACCCUGGAAGUUCAAUGUUCAAGAACUGACAAGAAGAAAUACUCAUCACGUCCCGUGGCAAAAGAUACAACGGAUGAAAGAGCAAUACGAGCACAAUGUCACCUUCCACAGUGUUCUUCAGUCUGAAAAACCAAGCAGAGGUGAGAGAAGCUCCAGCGGACCAAAUGCAGAUUACACCAUGGGUGCCCAUUCCAACCCCCCUCCAGCCUUCUCAAACAGGAGACCUCACGUGGCACGUACAAACAACAUGCCAUUUAACUGAAGAGGUGGAUUCCUCAGUGUGUUUUAAUUAUCAGGGUAUAGAAGUCUCUAGUUUUACACUUUUUUCUAAACUGUUUUUAUUCUUGUAUUUUUCUACUACAUUUCUAAAUUACUUUUAUUUCUUACAAAUCUUUAAAUGUCACUGGAUUAUGGUCUCGCAGCUCUACAUGACCGAUCUAAGAGCACUAUCCCCAGUACAAACUGUACUCCCUCUCAUCCCUCUUCCUCCACAAAAAUCCAUUCAGUGAAAUUUACUGGCUGUGCCACACACUUUUGGGGGCUUUUUCUGCAUCAUGCUCUGUCACUAACAGAUAACAAUAAAUAUUCCUAAAUUCUCUUUCUUACAGGUCAUAUGGCCAAUUCCUUCUCCAGGCAGCUGUCAUUUCUUGCCAUUUUAAUACUUUCUAUCUGGCUGUAUAACCUUUCCUAUGUUCCCACUCCGUCUUGCCUAGAGCAUUGCUUUAAGAGAGGCAAAGUGAAUGGUGGAAAAGGUAGCUCUAACAGAUUGUAGCAAGAUUUGAUGCUGUUCCCUAUCUGUACUUCUGCUGCCCAGAUUCAUGCCGGUCUUACCUCGGUUCUAUCACAGCCCAACAGCUUCUCCAGCCUGCAGGCAAAACACUUUACACACCAAACUGAGCCCUUUACCUUGCCAAGACAUAGGAGUUCAACUGACCCUGAGACAAGUCCAUAUAUGUAGGCUCCUCCAAGGAAACAUUAGUGUUAAGCUAGUGCUUGCUAAGUUCUAAGUAGGAAUGGGGCUACAGGAGCAGCUCUGAAUAGCUGAAGCACAAGGCUACCAAAUACCCAAACUAACUCAGAAGUACAAAAUAAUGACUUAAGAAAGGAGAAAAAAAAAGUUCUUGGAAGGGGAGAAAUCAACUCCUACCACUAAGUGCUGAGAAGGCACUGAUUGAGGGAUGAGUGAGAAAAGAAGCUAUCCUGCAGUAGUUUUAUCCACAUUGUUAAAAUUCUGCCGACUAUGUCCUCAUCAAGAAGCCUCAUGAAACAUUUUUAAAACUCAGCAUUUGUGAUGGCAAUUUUUUUUAAGUCAGUGUGGAUUAUUAGGCAGUGCUUAUAGAACAGGACAGUAGUGAGUUAUUUUGCAGUAGGAAGUGAAGACAGCUCACAUGGGACAUUAAGAAAUAUGCAUCUAGCAAUUAGCAGACAGAGAAGUAUAAGAGGUAUGAAGAAAUACACCGUUUCUGGGCAAAAGCCAAGCUGUCUUCAGGACACAGUAGAUGUAUGAGAUUGUGAACUAGGGGGCCUAGGGAGCCUGGCUCUGCAGUAUUGCACAAAGGUUUACAGAACUAUCAGCAAGCUUGUGUCAGCCCAUCGCAGUUCUCCGGUCCUGCUACAAUGUCCAGCUUGGUGACAGAAGCCACCCCCAGCUCAGCACCUGAGCCAAGCGAACGGCACAGGACCCCAAAAGGUUGCUGAGCAGGAGCUGGCGGUCUCAGUUCUGAAACAUCAUCCCUUCUUUGACCCAUGCGUGGUGGGAAGCAGCAGGGCAAGGGGCAGCCUGACAACAAACUAGCUCGAAUGUGGAGUUGGCAGCCGGUCUAGCAGGACUGUUUCCCUCUCCAGUGGAGAAACUCCAAUUCUGAGAAGCUUCACCUGUUGAAAUUAAUGGGAACAAAGUAAUGAAUUCAAGUACUCACUCACUCCCAGCAGAAAGACCUCGUGAUGAAAUCAAAGAAAGAUCUGAUUAUCUUUCCUGAUGCUGUGGCCUCAAGUGCUUAUUUAAGGAGGAGUAGCUCAGAAACACUAACCAAGCAUCUAUCAUUAAUACCUUUGUAUGGCAUUUUGCUACGAAUCAAAUAAUCAUAGCUGUUCCCUAAAACUCCUUUAGCGCUAUAUGGAAAGUUUGAGGGGAAAAGUACAAGAACUGUGCCAGAAUUACAGAGCAAUAUUUCAGAAUUAAAGUGUUAUGUUUGGUAACAAUAAACUUAAAGAAUUGUUUAUUU